AGUUGCUUUAGAACAAGAUUGCUUUCUCUCUACUUUUUCCAUUUGCGCACACACAUGAAGAUUUCUACUAGCGUUCUGCUUGUGUUCUGCCUGGCCGUAGGCAUUCUCCUCAUGUCCCUAUCACCCUCAUUUCAUUUCUCUGGCACGGUGUAUGAAGUCCGAGUGAUCAACGGCUUCACCAACAACUCCUCCCUCCCUCUGGUCAUCUGGUGCUCCUCCUUAGACGGUGAUAUUGGGGGACGUGCCCUCCAGGCAGGUGACGAUUUUGGGUGGAGGCUCAAGACCAACAUAUGGGGCACCACUCAUUUCCUAUGCAACAUGAAGUGGGAUGCCAGGAGGAAACGCUUUGAUGCCUUUAAGGUGCGCCGGGACAGCAUCCGUUGCGCCCCUCUCAACAAGUGCUCCUGGCUGGUCAGGGAGGAUGGCUUCUACUUCAGCAAUGACGAGUUUAACUGGAAGAAAGAUUUCUCUUGGUCAUGAUCAUAAAAAAUUUUCUUGGAGGGCCCUGAUAAAUUAAACAGAGAAAAAAAAUAAUUCAGCUUUUUUUUU